UCAACCAAUCAGUGAUGGGAUUGUUGCCGCUGCUUGUUCUGGUAUUAAUGGUGUAUGUCUCGGUCAUUGACUCACAAGCGAGGUGUGGGGAAAAUGCUGUAUGCAUUUAUGAAAGCUUUGGGCUGCAUGUUCCACAAAGGAAUGAGAGGUGCGACGAAAAUCUUGGCUACAGAUGUGUUUGCAACAAUGGUUAUGAAGGGGACGGAUUUAAUUGCACCAGACCAGUGAGGUGUGGGGAAAAUGCCAUAUGCAUUCAUGGACCUUUUGGGCAACAAGUUCCAUUCAUGAGAGAGAGGUGCAAUGAAAAAUAUGGCUACCAAUGUGUUUGCGCCGAUGGUUAUGAAGGGGACGGAUUUAAUUGCACUAACUCCUGCAAUCCUAACCCUUGUCUCAAUGGUGGGACUUGCACAAAGCCACCUGAACAAGCUUUCCAAUGCAACUGUACCAAUCAUUAUUCUGGACAAUAUUGCACUGCAGCUAAGUGUGGGGAAAAUAGCGUAUGCACCCUUGGAUCCGUUGGGAUGCAUUUUCCAUUGAUGAAUGAGAGGUGCGAUGAAAAAUAUGGCUACCGAUGUGUUUGCAAAAAUGGUUAUGAAGGAGAUGGAUUUAAUUGCACCAGACCAGUGAGGUGUGGGGAAAAUGCCAUAUGCAUUCAUGGACCUUUUGGGCAACAAGUUCCAUUCAUGAGAGAGAGGUGCAAUGAAAAAUAUGGCUACCAAUGUGUUUGUCCCUUUGGUUAUGAAGAGGACGGAUUUAAUUGCAUCAGAAAAACCAAAUAAAUCUCCCAAAUAAAGCAAUGUAAUGAAAAAUCUGCUAAAGAAGACGUCAAUUUGAAGCAACCAGAACUACACAAUUAUCUAAAAAUCACAGAUGGAAGUCAGAUUUAUUAAGAAAAAUACUAAUAAAAUCAUAAUGGUUCCACAUUAAGUAUAUUAAUAUCAUUCUUACAGUAUGAUUCUUUGAGUGAAAUUCAGGAAAAUCCCAGUAUAACCCCAGAUGAAACCCUAUCACAACCGUUGUGGAAAAACUCAAAAACUGAAAUAGAUGGAAAAACUAUUUUCCAUACAAGAUGGUGUAAAAAGGGUAUAUUUUAUAACAAUUAUAUUAUAAAUGAUGUUUGAAAUUUCCUCCCACCUAGAGGAACUAAAAGAACCUUAACACUAUCUUUCUGGACUAAUUCAGUGUCCCAUGGAAGGAAAUUACACAUAGCAUCCCAUGAAACAAUUGUUUUGAUUAAAAAAAUUACUGAACCAUCCAAAAAAAAAAAAAAAAAAAAAAAAAAACACCUCCAAGGCCAUAUGAUAUCACCAGAUAAAUGUGUAGGUGAAUGGCAUACAAAUAUAAAAAAAAAAAAACUAAAGUAAUGAUAAUUGGCAACUAACAUUUAAGAAACAGGUCACAUGUAACUGACAAAACAUCAAUCCAGAAUAAAUCAUAAAAUAUUCAGUACUAAUGUUUACCUUAUUAAUUUUUUUAAAAGAAUCAGAACAGUAUGAAUUUUGCAAUACUGCUAAGGAAAUAUUCUUCACAUUUUUGGGGAUUCAGUCAUUGCCCACAUGUUCAAAAUGUUUGGACAUGCCUCAUUUGCUCCAUUAAAGAUAAUUUAGGUGUGGUCAUUGUGUGGUCCAGCGAUUUUUGUAUUUGGGCUUGUAUAUGUACAUGCGUACAACAUUUAUGUACCUAUCUUAAAAAUAAAGGGAUAUUUUUUAAAAUAUAUGUAGAAUGAGAACAAAAAUCCCAAGAUGGGAAAGAACUGGAGGAUAUGUUAAAUACUACAGAGAUAUUUGUAUAAAUUCUUUAUAUGUAUACAGAAGAAAAAACAAUAUUAUAUUGAAAGAAAUUUAGAAAAUUUUAAUUGUAUAUUACAAUUAAAUUGAUGAGCACCCAUCUAGGAAUAUACUUCUUGGUAUUUUACUGUAAGAUUAAACAAGUUUUAAGUUAAAAAUGGUCAAUCUCUGUUUCCAUCCUUAGCUGCACUACUGGAAUUCUAUAUUUUUAUUCUGAGACAGAGAGAGAGAGAGAGAGAGUGUGUGUGUGUGA